AUGCACGCUAGUUGCCGGUCCUGGGUUGUAAUAGCGCUCGUGGCUGGCGUUAUCUCCAUCGCGAACAGCAACUUCAUCAUUCUUCUGCGUCUCUGGGUGCUCUGGGAGCGCCAGAAGCGCUUGAUUGCGUUCACGUUCUGUUUGUUCGUUAUCUGCCAGCUCUCCACUAUGGGCAUUGUCGUUUUGGCUUGCAUCAGGUCGUACCAGUCGAUCGUUUACUACGCUCCUUUGAAGACUUGUUUGUUCGUGACGAGGGUGAAUGUUGCAUGGUUAUGGCUUCCUGGGGUCGUAUUUGAGUCCGCUGUAUUCACCCUGACAGUCUGGAACGCUAUGCAGCGGCCGCGUAUCCACGACAGAGCGCUGACGAGACAGUUCUAUCGCGAUGGCGGGAUGUUCUUCACGGUCGUCUUUGCUAUGCGCGUACUCAACAUGGCUAUAGCCUUCAUAGCGCCCGCUUCGCUUAUGACACUUGGGGCAUUCUUUAUCUGGUGCAGUACAACCUUGACCGUCAGCCGGCUGGUCAUGAAUCUGCGCCGUACUGCUAUGCAAAACCCGCCUCUGCCAUUGACAGAGAUCUCCGAGACUCAUACCGGUAUCGUACGCACGACAACGGUGACCCAGGUGGUCCAGCACGAGCACUACGAAGGCGGCAGCCAGCUUAGCCGGAAUACGACGGGCGACUUCCUGGAGCUGCACGAUAUAAGCGAUUGA